AUGGAAGGCAAGGUUCCUAGUGACAAUCUUGAACCAUGGGAAUUGUUCACUCUGGAAGUGGAUCCUUCAGUGAGGAGGAAGUCAGAAAAAGGAAGGAAAGGAGGGAAUCUGGGGGUGCAGCAGCAGCUGCAGAACAUGGCCACGGCAAUUGUCCACAAGCAUGAAGAUGCAGAAGACCUUUCCCUAUACAAUGUAUGCAUCAUGGCAUAUGGGCAGACGGGCAGUGGCAAGACUUAUACUAUGUUCGGGCCACAUUCUAAAGAAAACUUCAUUCUUUCUCCUGAGCCACAGUUGGAUGAAGGAAUUAUCCCAAAAGCUGCAAGAGAGUUAUAUAGACUGAUGUCAAAUAAACCAUUGGAAACACAUUCUGUCAAAGUGUCUAUAGUGGAAGUGUACAAUAAUGAAUUAAUUGACCUGCUGGCAAAAGAUAACGAUGGAACUGUUUUAGGUGUAAAACGAGAUGUUGUGACUACCAUUACUGGUGCCAGCGAUGUUCCUUCGUUAACUUAUGACAUCCCCCCACGUCAAAUUUACCAACCACACCAGCGUGACUUCAGAAUGAUAUGCUUCACAAUGGCCUUUAAGAGGCGUGCACCUGGCGAGCUGGACUUCAGUGGGAACUCGGAGGUUUCUGGCCAGGCAGAGUGCCCAGUAUUUGAGAAAUGGCAUGAGGUGGCACAGCUAAUGAAUGCCAUAUCUAUUACCCUCAACAGUUCAACUCAAAUGACUGCAAAUGUGCCAAACUGGAUACAGUUCCAGCAAGCCAUCAGUUAUGUCAAACUGCUACAAAGCAUGACUGCAUCAGUUCAAGAAAAAGGCCACCAGACCUCAGGGGAAUCUGAGAAGGACAACAAAUGCCAGACUUCCCAAUGUCCCUAUUGUGAAAGUGAUGUAUGCAUCAGGCUGCAAGACAUUGCAAAGUUCCAUAAUCCCAUGCUCCUUAUCUACGGGCAUCUGGUGCGGAGGGGGGCCAGGAGGAAGGAGGACCUCCUCAUGAACCUGCUUCUGGGUCUAGCCAAGUUGGCCAUUUACAGGUCCAGGCAUGUUGAGAAUCCCACAAGUAUUCUGAAUCUAAUCACCCAUGGUUUACAACAUAGAACCAGCUACCCAACACUAGUCCAUGCACAUUCUUCUCGGUCUCACCUUGUGAUAACAAUUACUAUCACCACAAAGGUCACUGCUGCUAAUAGAUCUGAAGUACAAAUGAAAAGCACAUCAGAAUCAAAUAUACUUCGACCAUUACAGCGUCAGUCCUGCAAGCAGCUGUCUUCUCCUAUCGCGGAUAACAAUUCAGCACCGCUUUCCCGAUCUUUGCCUGCCAAGCACUUUUCCAUAGAAUCUGCAAAAUUUCCAGAGUAUCUUGAAACUAAACUACAAUUGGUAGAUCUUGCUGGCAGUGAAUGCAUAGGAAUGUCAGGAGUGACCGGUACAGCUUUGAGAGAGACUUCAUUUAUAAAUCGAAGCUUAUCAGCAUUGUCUGAUGUACUUGGAGCACUUGCUGAACAGCGAUCCCACGUACCUUAUCGAAACAGUAAACUCACUCGUUUACUCCAGGAUUCUAUAGGGGGAGAAGCUAAACUGUUGGUGAUUAUAUGUGUUUCGCCUGCCCAGAAAUAUACUACAGAAUCAAUGCAAUCUUUAGGAUUUGGUAUCCGAGCUCGGCAGGUGCAGAAGGGUCAUGUAAGGAAAAAGAGUCCUGUAAUCCCAGAGGACAUUGGAGGAAGAUCUUCACAAAAUAAUCCCCAAGGAACUCGUCAAAGUGUUUCCAGCUUCACUUCAGUCCAAUAG